AUGACGAACACGAUGCAUGUGGACAUAGUGACGCUGACUGCCGUCGUUCUUUGCUUCCCUUUGCUCACAAUAUGCGCCCCACUGUAUGUUCUGUCGGCUCCUAAUAUGCUGAGGGUGGGUUCCUCAGAGAACCUGUUUGUGGAGGCUCAGGAUUACACUGGAGGAGACCUGAACGUGAGGAUCAUAGUAAAGAAUCAUCCGAAGAAGAACCUGGAUAUACUGUCUAAAUCAGUGACACUGACUGCAGCCAACAAUUUCCAGAUCCUUAACGAUAUAAAGAUCCCUGAUGAUCAGAAAUUCUUCUCUGACGAUCCUCUGGAGAAGCAGUAUGUGUAUCUACAAGCUCAGUUUCCAUCCGUCACUCUGGAGAAAGUGGUCAUGCUCUCAUUCCAGACUGGAUAUAUAUUUGUCCAAACAGACAAGCCCAUCUACACACCUGCUAGCACAGUUAAUUACAGGAUCUUCUCCUUAACUGCUGAUCAACACCCAUUUGAUGGAAUCUCCAUCUCGGUCGAUAUCAUGAAUCCUCAAGGCAUCACACUGGACAGAGAUCAAUUCCAGCCAAGGCAAGGCAUCAGGACCGAAAACUUUGCAUUACCUGAACUUGCCAGCGCUGGGAUUUGGAAGUUGAUCGCAAAGUACACAAACACACCACAAAAGAACUUCACCACUGAAUUUGAAGUUAUGGAAUAUGUGCUGCCGAGCUUUGAAGUGACCUUAAAUCCACGCAAAUCAUUCUUCUAUGUGAAUGAGCACUCUCUGGCAGUAGACAUAUCAGCUAAGUACCUGUUUGGUAAUAAGGUGAGAGGCACUGCAUUUGUGGUGUUUGGUGUGAUAGACAAUGAGAAGAAGAUCAGCAUUGCUUCUUCACUGCAAAGGGUUCAGAUAAUUGACGGAGAAGGAGAGGCAGCGCUGACAAGACAAAUGAUCACGGCGAACUUCCCAGACAUCCAGCAGCUAGUUGGGAAUUCCCUCUACAUUUCAGCCAGUGUUUUAACAGAAACUGGCAGUGAAAUGGUAGAAGCGCAUAAGAAAGGCAUUCAUAUUGUGACGUCACCGUACACCAUUCUCUUCAAAAGAACACCACACUUCUUCAAACCUGGGAUGCCUUUUGAUGUCUCGGUCUAUGUAACAAAUCCUGACCAAACACCUGCUAAAAAUGUGGAAGUGGAGGUCAAUCCUGGAGGGGUCAAAGGUCGAACAAGAGCCAAUGGCAUCGCGAAAGUUACUGUCAACACUCCGGGAGGAUCUUCCACACUGGAGAUCACCGCAAAGACCAAAGAUCCACAAAUAAGAGAUGAACAGCAGGCAGUGAAGAAGAUGACGGCUCAGGCCUACAUUCCCAAAGGCGGCUCCAACAACUACCUGCACAUCGGCAUUGAUGCUGCAGAGCUUCAGAUUGGUGAUCAAAUGAAAGUCAAUCUGAAUCUAGGAAACAGCCCUGGAGGGAAAAAACAGGAUUUCACCUAUAUGAUCUUGAGUAAAGGUCAGAUUGUUAGAGUGGAAAGGUUUAAGAUGACAGGACAAUCUCUAGUGACUCUGUCUCUGUCUGUAACCAAAGAAAUGGUGCCGUCCUUCCGCUUUGUGGCUUAUUACAAUGUGGACUCGUCUGAGGUGGUGUCUGAUUCAGUCUGGGUCGACAUGAAGGACACGUGCAUGGGAACACUCAAAGUCGAGGUGAAGGACCCGACACUAUAUGGCCCAGGAGAUCAGCUCAGCUUGAAAAUCACUGGAGACCCUGGAGCUAAAGUCGGGCUGGUUGCUGUAGAUAAGGGUGUCUAUGUCCUUAACGACAAGAACAGACUGACUCAGACUAAGAUCUGGGACAUCAUAGAGAAGCAUGACACCGGCUGUACAGCAGGAGGUGGGAGGGACAGUAUGGGGGUUUUCACAGAUGCAGGUCUGAUGUUUGAGUCCAACACUGCAGGAGGAACCAACACCAGAACAAAUAUUGAGUGUCCUGUCCCACCUAAGAGAAAACGCCGAGCACAGAGUCUUCUGCAGGUCACCACUACGCUGGCUGGUCAGUACUCUGGUGAUCUGAAGAAGUGCUGUGUGGACGGAUUGCAAGAUAAUAUACUCGGCUACUCCUGUGAACGGCGAGCUUCAUACAUCAUAGAUGAAGAUGAAUGUGUUAAGGCCUUCCUGCACUGCUGCAAGGAGAUGCAACGCCACAAGGCUGACUUCGCAGAGAAAGAGUUUUUUCUGGCCCGCAGUGAAGAAGAUGAUUUUGAUGAGGAACUAGGUGAAGUGAUGGUACGCACACAGUUUCCUGAAAGCUGGCUUUGGGAGGAGAUCGAUCUUCCUCACUGCCCACAAAACCAGUUGUGCGCUGAAACAUCUACCUUAAGAACUGGAAUAUUCCUUAAAGACUCCAUCACAACCUGGCAGAUCACAGCCAUCAGCCUGUCCAAGACCCUUGGAAUGUGUGUGGCUGAUCCUUAUGAGAUCACUGUUAGGAAAGAUUUUUUUAUCGAUCUGAAGAUGCCUUAUUCAGCGGUGCACAAUGAACAACUGGAAAUAAAGGCUGUUCUUCACAAUUACAGCAAUCAGAAGUUGAAAACGGUGCAAAUUAGAUUUAAGACAUCAGAGGGUGUUUGCAGCAGUGCCAGCAAAAAACAGAAAGGCAGGGUAACCGUUUCUGUUGGCCCCAUGUCCUCCGUAGCCAUCCCUGUCAUCAUCAUCCCCAUGGAGCUGAAAGAGCAGUGGAUCGAAGCUGAAGCAUACAGCUCGAAUCGCAAUGACGCAAUUAGAAAGAAUCUGAAGGUGGUGCCUGAAGGUGUGCUAACCGAAGUCCGGGAGAGAAUUGUGGAGAUCAACCCAUCCGAGCAUCCAGGCGGCUCGCAGGUCGUGUCUAUGAGGAGCGACAUCCCACGCCGGAAGGUUCCAAACACACCUGCUUCCACAGUGAUCACAGUGAUAGGUGAGGAGAUAACGCGCACAGUCGAGCAGGCCAUCAGUGGACAUUUUAUGGGUCAGCUCAUUGUCCAGCCCAAUGGAUGUGGAGAGCAGAACAUGAUCUAUAUGACUCUACCUCUCAUUGCCACUCAUUAUCUGGACAGCACAAAGCAGUGGGAGGCUGUUGGCAUGGAGCGCCGUAAUGAAGCCGUCAACCAUAUCAGAACAGGCUAUCAGCGGGAGUUGACCUUCCGUAAAGGUGAUGGGUCAUAUGGUGCCUGGAUACAUGUGCCGAGCAGCACAUGGCUGACAGCAUAUGUGGCUAAAGUGUUCGCGAUGGCCAGUGAUCUGAUUGUCAUAGAGGAGAAUGUGAUCUGCAGCGCCCUCACCUGGCUGGCCACAAAAAAACAGACGUCAGAUGGCGCAUUUAAAGAAGAUGCGCCCGUGUAUCACAGCGAGAUGGUUGGUAAUGUACGCGGGAAAGAUGCCGAUACCUCUCUAACUGCAUUUGUCCUGACUGCAAUGCAAGAGGGGAGCAAGAUCUGUGCUAGAUCUAAUCUUCAGAGCAGUAUGAACAGAGCCAUUGAUUACCUGCUGCUGAGAGUUCACAGCCUGACCAGCACUUAUGCUGUCGCUAUGACUUCUUAUGCUUUAGCCCAUGCUGGAAAACUCAAUAAAGACAUCUUGAAGAGUUAUUCCACUAAAAGCAAAGAUGGAGUAUUUUGGCAAGUUCCUGGGGAGCACCAUCACUCUCUAGAGGCCACAGGUUAUGCCGUGCUUGCCUUGGUGAUGGCAAAGGAUUUCGAGAGCGCUGGACUGGCAGUGCGUUGGCUGGGAAAGCAACAAUCCCGCUAUGGGGGUUACGGCACAACGCAGGCAACGAUCAUGGUCUUCCAAGCCGUGGCUGAGUACCGCAUUCAGGUUAAGAAGGUAGACAUUAAUUUGAACCUGGAGCUCGCUGUGCAGGAGAGAAAAGAGAAAACCAGAAUCGCUAUAAGACCGUCCAACCUUCACCUUUCACGCUCAGACAAGUUUGACAUUACAAGGAAUUUCAAUAUCACAGCUCAAGGGACUGGGGUGGCCAUGCUCUCGGUCUUUUAUGUGUAUUAUGCUCUGCCUGAAGAGAAAGACUACGACUGUAAUGCAUUUGAUCUCAGUGUAAAGAUGGAGAAAGAGUCUGCAGUGUCCUAUGAUGGAGCCUCUGAAAGCUACCAGAUCACCAUUGAAUACAUUUUCAAAGACCCUUUAAGAAGCUCAACCAUGUCUAUUUUGGACAUUGGCCUGCUGACAGGGUUCAAAGUGGAUGAACAUGAUCUUUCAAAGUUAUCCAGUGGUAAGGAUAAGUACAUUCAGAGCUUUGAGUUGAACAAGGAGCUGUCAGAGCGAGGAUCUCUUAUCAUCUACAUAGAUAAGGUUUCUAAUAAAGAGAAGGAAAGGGUUGUCUUCAGAAUGCACAAGAUCAAUGAAGUGGGAAUGCUGCAGCCCGCUGGAGUUACUGUGUACGAGUACAACGCUCCGGAUAAGCGUUGCGUGAAGUUCUACCAUCCUCAUAAGAAAGAUGGAUCGCUGAACAGACUCUGCCAUGAGGACCUGUGCCAGUGUGCUGAAGAGAACUGCAGUUUGCAAAAGAAUGAACACAUAGAUGAGGAGAAUCGUGAAGAAAAGGCCUGUGAACGUGAAGUGGAAUACGUUUAUAAAACCAGGGUGUUGGAAAUGGGCUUGUCAUUGCAUGCGGACAUCUAUAACAUGACAAUUGAGCAAGUGCUGAAGGAAGGCUCUGAUACAGAUGUGGAAGGAAGUAUGAGAUCGUUCUUGGCUCAUCCUUUCUGUAGAGAUUUUCUGAAAUUUGAAAAAGGCAAGACGUACCUGAUCAUGGGCCAAACCAAAACCCUUCCAAGGAUUGGCGGAAAGUUGAGGUACCACUUGGGCGAGGACACCUGGAUUGAAUAUUGGCCAACAGAAAAGGAGGCCCAGACAUCAAAACAUCGAGCAAAGUAUAUUGGCAUCACCGCACUGGCCAAGAAGCUUCAAUCUGGAUGCUCCACUUAAAGAUUUUCAUGAGCUUAAAAUUCAUUUACUGUUCUAUACCAUCCUUACAGCCACAACUUUGCUUUUAAUUAUAGUAUGUUGUCAGAUAAAUAUUUGCUUACUUUUUGUUUUAAGGUUCAUGCAGUAUGCUCAAUUCACUUAAAUGAGUUCAACCUAAGGUCUGUCAAGUGAAAUAUAAUAAUUUCAAGCCAUUUGUCAAAUAAAAUUUGCAAAC